AUGACGUGCUCUCACUGCAGCGACACGGUCACGAAAGCGCUCAGUGGCCUACCGAAUGUGAUUCCAGGCUCGAUCCAUGUUUCGAUCGAUGACAACUGCGCCUUUGUUGCUUUUACGCGACCCAACACGGUCAGCAAAGAUCAACUGACAGAAAUUAUUGAAGAUCUCGGUUACACUGUCGACAACGUUAUACUGGAUUACGUCUCUGAAGAGGUCGCUUCAUCGGGUGAUCCUGCUACUGAAAAGACAGCCGUCAUCAGCAUUUCCGGCAUGACCUGUUCUCACUGUGUGCAGACCGUCAAUGACGCACUACGGGGGUUACCUGGAGCUAUUGCGGAAUCGGUGAACACCAAUCUCCAAACUCAGGAAGCCACGGUAUCUUUCACUGGCACUCGGGUGACGAGUGAUUCGUUACGUCAGAUCAUUGAAGAUCUGGGUUAUGAAGUCGUGGGCCGACCCAAGUUUUACCGCAAUCAUGGUGGAUUGACCGAUCGUCGUGCCUCCCUGGAAUUGACUCCGACGCGCUCGACAGUAUCUGCCACUGAAUCCACCGCAUUAUUAUCUCGGCCUGAUCAGAAACACCAAUUACGAAAAGUGGUCAUGCGUGUCCUUGGUAUGACUUGCCACAGCUGCGUUGUCGCCGUCACCGAUGCUCUCCAGACGGGAAUUCCCGGCGUUCAUAAGGACUCGGUGCGUGUGGAUCUUAAUACCGAAAUGGCCAUGUUCAUCGCGACCGAUCCCAAGAGUGAAAACAUUCGAUCCGUGGUGGAAAAUCGAGGUUACGAUGUUGAAAACAUUCAAAUCAUUCACAAUCUUCUUCCUCCGGCCGUUCUCGAGUCGACGCCGCCCAGUGAAGAUCCCAGUAGCUCCAUGUCCAGCACCCGUCGUCCCAGCGAUUCCAUCGCUUCUCUUGCUGCUAUUUCCGUUGAAACUCCCAUGGCGGUCCCGAAAAAGGUCACUCUUUCCGUCAGUGGCAUGACAUGUUCCAGCUGUGUUCGUACCUUGGAACGUGGUUUGACCAGUCUUCCCAGCGUGGAUCCUACGUCGGUGCAAGUCCAACUGCUCACUGGUUCGGCGUCGUUUGCUGUCAUGGGGGAUGUUCUCGACGAAAAGACAAUUAUGAAGGCGGUCAAGAGCAUGGGUUACGAAGCCAGUAACAUUGUGUUUAUUGCCGAACAACAGCCCGUGCAAGCCUCUUUCAAAACCAGUAUGUACAAGGCCGACCUCCUGAUCAGUGGCAUGUUCUGUGAACAGUGUGUCGACAAGGUGCAUUCGGCUCUCGCUGAUCUUCCGGGGACCAAGGCCGACAGUAUCAAGGUCGAUGUUGACUCGGGUCGUGCUUCCUUUGAUUACUCUGGCGAAUCGGUGGGCCGGCAACACAUCUAUCAGGCCAUUCUCCAGCUCGGUUUCAUGGCAGAAAACAUCGAUAUUGUCAAGACUGGCGAAGAAAAAGACGUCAAGGAUACCAAGAGCAAUGUCGUUACCACGCGACUCACCGUGACCGGUAUGACGUGCAGUUCGUGUGUUGGUAACAUUGAACGGACCAUGUUGAAGCAAGCAGGCGUGAUCAGUUGUCAAGUCAACCUUUUGGCCAAGUCGGCGGUGAUUCAGCACGAUCCUUCCGUGGUCGGUUCUCGGGCUUUGGCCAAUAUGAUUGAACAGAUUGGUUACAAGGCAGAAUUGGCGACUCACAGUACCGACGGAUUGAGCGAUCAGCGCGAGGCGAUGCGGGCGUCGAUGGAACAAGAAAUCAAGACGCUUCGGUUCCGAUUCCUUUGGUCUUUACUGUUUGCGAUUCCCACCGUGUUGAUUCAUAUGAUCUUUAUGAUGGCGUUGCCUGCAAGCAAUCCAGUCCACAAGGCUUUUAUGAAGGACAUCACUCACGGGUUGACGGUAGGCGAUUUGCUGCUUUUCCUCAUGGCGACACCUGUCCAGUUCUGGUUAGGUUCUUCCUUUUAUGUCAAGGCUUACCGUUCUCUGGUGUAUGCUCGCACAGCCAACAUGGAAACGCUCGUGGCGAUGGGCACCACAGUGGCGUACCUUGCUUCAGUGGUGUCGGUGAUUCUGUCAAUGGUACGCCAAUCCCAUGGUGGCAUGUCAAUGAACUACUUUGAAACCUCGGUCCUUCUCAUCACGUUUAUCCAUUUCGGUAAAUGGCUGGAAGCCCUCGCCAAGGGUAAAACCGCGGAAACGAUUACCAAAUUGAUGGAUCUUCAACCGGAACGAGCGAUUCUCGUGGAAAUUGCCAAGAACCUUGAUGACAAGUCCAAGGACAACGACACCAAGACACCCUCUGCUAAAGGCGGCGACGAUUUCAAAGAAGAUAUCUUUAUUGAAACUGAAAUCGAUACCAGUGAAAUUCAAGUGGGUGAUAUCCUCAAAGUCAAUGCAGGUGCGCGUAUCCCUUGCGAUGGUAAAAUCUGGCGAGGAACUACGACGACGGAUGAAUCCAUGAUUACGGGUGAAUCGGUUCCUGUGAACAAGCAAAAGAACGACAACGUGAUUACGGCCACCAUCAAUUUGUCAUCACCAGUGUAUAUUCGUGCUAUCCGUGUAGGCUCCGAUACCACCUUAUCCCGCAUUAUCCAAAUGGUGCAAGACGCUCAAGCCUCGGCCAAGGCGCCUAUCGAGAAACUCGCGGACCAGAUCUCCAGUGUAUUUGUGCCAGUGGUCAUUGCUCUCGCUAUCAUUACCUAUGUGGUUUGGCAAAUUGCUAGUGUGAAGAACCUGUAUCCCGAAGAUUGGCUGCCUGAGGGUGAAACCAAGACCAUUUUCUCCAUCAUGCUGGGUGUGUCGGUUCUCGUCAUUGCUUGUCCCUGUGGUUUGGGUCUCGCUAGUCCAACUGCUGUCAUGGUGGGCACAGGUAUAGCGGCUCGUUACGGUGUGUUGGUCAAGGGAGGUGGUUAUGCUCUUGAGAUGGCCAACCGGAUUACCACGGUUGCUUUUGACAAGACGGGUACUCUUACACUUGGCAAACCCAUGGUGACUGAUGAAUGGAUUGCUGCUGCUUCUACGGAGCAGACUGCUCUUCAGUCGAUCUGGAAAAUUCUCGGUCGCGUUACCUCGGUCAGCAACCAUCCUCUGUCGAAAUCCAUUGAAAAGAAGGCUAAACGAAUUAUUCGAGGUGUGGACCAAAAUGUGACAACGGCCGCCGAUCUUGCCGCUCAGGAACAAGAAGAGGAAGAACAAGAAGGAGAGGAACAAACUGAAAAUACCAAGGAUUACUUUGGCGGCGUCAACAUUACCAAUGCCAAGGAAGUGGCCGGAAGAGGUAUUUUGGCGACAUUGACUCUCAGCGAAGAAAUCUCCCGUCAUUUGCCCGUUCGUCUCCAGGGCCAACGUAUAUUCAACGUGUUCCUCGGUAAUCAGGAAUGGAUGGAUGAAAACCACGCUCGUUACGAAAACGCGGAACAAGCCAAGACCUGUCAACAACAACUUGGCGAUUGGCAAGACCAGGGUAAAUCGAUUGUGAUGAUUUCUUUGUCGCCCGUCACUACCGGUACCGCCGGUACCAGCAACAAGUCUUCAGCCAUGUCGAAUGCUCACAAGGAAGGUUGCAAUAAUGCGUGUGCUUGUGCGGUGUGCCAUUGUGCAGCUGCUUCGGUUUGCUGCAGUGCUUCCCGUACGAUGAUGCUGGCUCAACUGGCGGUGGCAGAUAUUGCUCGACCUGAAUCGCGUCAAGUGGUGGCAGAGUUACGCAAGAGGAAUAUUGAAGUAUGGAUGGUUACGGGCGACAAUGAACGUACCGGUCGUGUGGUGGCUCAGCAAUUGGGCAUUGACAAGGAUUGUGUCUUGGCCGGCGUCAAGCCUGAACAAAAAGCAGACAAGGUCCGUAACCUCCAACGACGUGGCGUGCGAACCGAAAAGGCUGGCAAGAUUUGGCGCAAAAAGAACAAGGACGGGAAACCUCAACAAGCAGUGGUGGCCAUGAUUGGUGAUGGUAUCAACGACUCUCCUGCAUUAGCUCAAGCAGAUGUAGGUAUCUCCGUGGGAUCUGCUACCGAUGUUGCCAUUGAAGCUGCUAGUAUCGUUCUUAUCCGCAACAAUUUGCUGGAUUUAUUAACGAUGUACGACGUUUCUCGAGUGGUGGUCCGUCGUAUCCGGCUCAACUUUUUCUGGGCUUUCUUGUACAAUUGCAUUGCCAUUCCUAUUGCUGCCGGUAUCACUUAUCCCGGUACCGGACAAGGUCUUCCUACCUACGUCGCUGGUAUUGCCAUGGUGGCUUCCAGUAUUAGCGUGGUUUGUUCCAGUUUAUUGUUACGCUUCUACAAACCUCCCAAUCACUCGUCUGCUUAA